GAGCGUCUAGGGCAGAACAACGGGGCGAUGGGGAACCAUUGAGAACAAGCCUGGGCGCCCCCUGGCUUGUCUCUCCCUCGCCCUGCCUGUGGGGCGGGCCCAGACAGCGCCUGCCCCGCCCCUCCCGCCAGGCCCCGCCUCUGCCAGCCUGGGCCGACGAACGGCGCAACUGCCCCUCCCUCCCCUCGCCCGGAGCCCGCGCCACGCCUCCUCCCGGACGCAAAGCGUGGAACCCCCCCCUCCGUUCCUACGCGCCGACUCGCCGGCACCUCCCUGAGGGGUGACAGAGUCUCGCGAGAGGAGGCGGGGCUGGCGUUUGAAAGAUGGCGGACGAAGUAGACCAGCAACAAACAACAAAUACUGUAGAGGAGCCACUGGAUCUGAUCAGACUCAGUCUAGAUGAACGAAUCUAUGUGAAAAUGAGGAAUGACCGAGAACUUCGAGGUAGAUUACAUGCUUAUGAUCAGCACUUAAAUAUGAUUUUGGGUGAUGUUGAAGAGACUGUGACAACGAUAGAGAUUGAUGAGGAAACCUAUGAAGAGAUUUAUAAAUCUACCAAGAGGAAUAUUCCAAUGCUUUUUGUCAGAGGUGACGGCGUUGUGCUUGUAGCUCCCCCACUGAGGGUUGGCUGAAACUACAAAGGAUUUGCCCUGGUUGGAAGCUGAUCGCUUUGAGAUAAGGCUCCUGUUCAGCUCACACUUCUGUGUAAAACUCUGCAUAUUUUUAUAUGAUAUUGUUGUUUGUGUUUUGUUUUUGUUUUUUUGUACCUCCUUGGCAUGUGGAUCUUUGAAAAUAACCCUAAAAAAUGACGAAAGACAAUGGUGUGAGACAGUUUACUUUUCGAAGAGUAAAUUUAAAUGCUAUAAUACAGCUGUCCGUCAAAUCAGUAAAUUAAUCUAUUCAGUUUUGCAAUCUUGAAAAUUGCUGAGUUCUGUUUUUUUUUUUUUUAAAUAAAUAUGGUUUAUCUUUUGGA